AUGACGGAUAGUCAGCAGCAGUUUUGCUUAAGGUGGAACAACUUUCAGGCAAAUAUAACAAGUCAAUUUGAAGCAUUACGCGAUGAUGAGGACUUUGUCGACGUUACGUUUGCCUGUGAUGGUAGAAGACUCCAGGCUCACAAGGUCGUUCUUUCGGCUUGCAGUCCGUACUUCAAGGAGUUGUUCAAGACGAAUCCUUGCAAACAUCCGAUAAUUUUUAUGAGAGAUGUAGAAUUCGAACACCUACAAUCCUUGUUAGAAUUUAUGUACGCUGGUGAGGUGAAUAUUUCUCAAGCAGAAUUACCGACUUUUCUACGAACUGCUGAGUCGCUUCAAAUUCGCGGGCUUACAGACUCGCAAAAUCAACAUAACAACGAAAAGCGCAGCAGAACUCCACCAGCAUCGAGUCCACCACCUCUCAAAAGGCUGUGCAAAAAAAGUGAUUCACCGAAAAACUCUAGUCCAUUACCCGCUGUUGCGCCUUGUGCAACCAGUACUCCUCGUACUCGCCCAGUAAUUGAGCCCCAAGUUCAGCUCGAUUGUUACAAAGAUCUCGAUAUUGUUGAGCCUAAGGUUGAACUACCGGAGUAUGGUAGUGAUGAAGAUUAUUCACCAAAGCAAGAAGUCAAUGCGGUACCCGGAGGAUUCAUCAGCUUGGACGGAGGUAUGGAAGUUUUACCAGCUUACCCGCCGUCUUACCAAGGAAGUGGAUUAGAGGGAGGGAUACCAGGCCCGUCACAUGGGAAUGCUGAACCAAAUCAAGAACAAGUACGAGCACCAUUACAAACAGCAACAACCUAG